CAGUGAAGUUUUUUAAAUGAAAAAGUUCUCAAUUUCAAAUUUUGCUUUGUACAUUUCGAUGAAAUUGUGAUCUGAGAACAUAACAUUUCCGUUUUUUGUUAUGAAAGAUAACUUCGUCGGCUUUGUAUUCUGUUUGGUUAAACAAGUAACUUGUUUGAGAAUCGCUGUUACCGAAAAAUCUCACUCGGACUUUCCGUAUAAAAGCUCCCGAGUCAAAACUGAGAGACUUUAGUCGUAUACAGGCCCAUCUAGGGCUCAAUACCCAAAAUUCUUCACCUGGGCUUUAACCUUGACUAGCGCAAUGGACAAGCCCGACUUAUACUCCAAGUACAGUGAUUUGCAAAGAUCGGACAACCUAUUCGUUUUGGACAAUUAUCUAGACGUCUCCGGUUGGAAGGCGGAAGACGCCGUUCUGGACGUCGGAAGUGGAGAUGGCAAGUUUCUCAUCGAAAAUUUGUACCCUCGCUUGCCGGAAAAUAUCGGGAAACUCGUUGGUAGCGAUUGUUCGGAGAUAAUGGUUAACUUUGCGAAAGAAAGGUAUUCUGUUGAUGAGGUGGAGUUCGCCCAAUUGGACAUCAGUUCUCAGGAACUUCCGCCAAAUUUUGAAAAUGGCUUCGACCACAUUUUUUCUUUCUAUACGUUGCACUGGGUGAGAGAACAAAGGCAGACUUACGAUAAUAUGUACAAAAUACUGAAGCCUGGAGGAGACAUGUUGUUAACAUUUUUGGCAAGUAAUGGCAUUUACGAUAUUUAUCUGAACAUGGCGAAAAAUAAGAGAUGGAAGCCAUAUUCAAAAAAAGAAUACAUCGCCCCAUUCCACGGAAUGAAAAACCCGGAAAAGCAAUUGGAGAAACUCCUCAAGAAAAGUGGAUUCAAGUGUAACGUGUGUAAAGUAGAGAAUAGGUUGUUUGCAUUCCGCAACUUGGACAGUUUUCGAAAAUCCGUCAUUGCAGUGAAUCCCAUUAUUCCAAAUCUUCCACCCGAAGAUGUUUGCGAUUAUAUGGAUGACUACGUGAAAGAAGCAAAAGGUUUGACGAAAAUAACAAUUGAAAACAUGAAUAAUAAUGCCGAGGAAUCUGUCAGUGUGGAUUACAAGCUAUUUGUUGUUCAUGCCACCAAACCAGAAACUGUAGGAUAGCGUGAAAUUGUAGGAUAGAUGGAUCUUGAAUUAAAAAAAUAGUGUUCAAAGUAUUCUUAUAUAUCAUUAGUACUGUUAGAGCGGGAUUUUCGAAUAGUUAUUCUCAGAAGAAUGGUGUAAUACUCAGUUUUUAUAUCCAUCAUAAGAGUGAAGUGAGAUUUUGUCUACAUUGUAAGUAUAGGUAGAGAAUUUUGUUUAUUGGAAUGUCUAAAAAUGUAGUCAUAUGGUAUUCAGAUUUAGAAAAAAAAAAUUUAAACUCUA